UGAAUCUUUCUAUCCACUAAUCACUGCCUUCUGCUACAAAGGCUAGCCAGGAGAGCAGAGAAGAAUUGACACUCUCAUUAAAAAUGGCAUCUGCAACACUGAUGCCAUUCUGUUUGAAGCUCCCGUCCUCUAUUCCUUCAUUUUGGAGUUAUCAUGGCGUUCGUCUUGCUCCAUUUAACAAGACAACCUCAUUGACUCUUAGUUCGUCGCACAACAUUUCUGGGUUUCGUUCCAUUCUCCCAAACAAGCUCUGCACAAUCACUUGUACCCCUCAAAACCGUACAUCUCCCACCAUUGUCGCCGCAAAGGGUUACAAAAUGAAAACCCACAAGGCUUCAGCAAAAAGAUUUCGGGUGACGGGUACUGGGAAGAUAGUCCGGAGAAGAGCUGGAAAGCAGCACUUGCUUGCGAAGAAGAAUACGAAGAGGAAGAAACGACUUUCUAAAAUGCACCCAGUUAACCGGAGUGACUAUGACAAUGUGAUUGGUGCCUUGCCAUACCUAAAAGUGAAUCGACAAGCAAAGUAAGAUGAUCAAAAGAUGAUCAUUGUCUAUCAAGCAAAGGAUCUUUUUGUUUGUCAAUUGCUUUUCUUUAUUGCUUUAUGUAAUUUUAUGUAAUUAACCAUCCUACGGAGGCCUCUUUUCUUUCUGCAGUAGCAAAAAUAGAGAUGCUUUUUUUGCUUCAUUCAUUUCUCUUUCAGGUUUCCUAAUUCCCAUGUC